AUGGUGCCAGUGCGCUGCCAGGGCUCGUCGUGCGCCAUGCUGCCGCUCGCUCUGCUGCUCCUCUUGGGAUGCGGUGUGGCUCUGUGCCUCGGUCAGAACGAAACGGAACCCAUCGUUCUUGAGGGGAAGUGUCUCGUGGUGUGCGACUCGAACCCUUCCUCUGACGGAGCCGUUACUUCGUCACUGGGGAUUUCUGUUCGCUCAGCCGGUGCCAAAGUGGCGUUCUCAGCCGUGCGUGGGACCAACCACGAGCCCUCCGAAAUGAGCAACGCAUCCAUGACCAUCUACUUUGACCAGGUUUUAGUGAAUAUCGGCAACCAUUUCGAUCUGAAAGCAAGUGUUUUCCAAGCUCCGCGGAGGGGAAUAUAUAGUUUCAGUUUUCACGUUGUCAAGGUCUACAACAGACAAACCAUUCAAGUGAAUCUGAUGCAGAACGAUUAUCCAGUGAUAUCAGCCUUCGCCGGGGACCAGGACGUGACGCGGGAGGCUGCCAGCAACGGCGUGCUGCUGAUGGUGGAGCGGGACGACCGAGUCUAUCUGAAGCUGGAGAGAGGCACCUUAAUGGGCGGAUGGAAAUUUUCCACCUUCUCAGGCUUUCUAGUGUUUCCUUUAUAA